AUGGGGUGGGCCAACAUAGGUUAUCAUCGGAACGGCUCACAGACGGCUGACGAGAAACAGGGCCAGCUGGAGGUCCACACUCCGGCCAUAAACGCCUUGGCAGCCGAGGGUGUCGUCCUCGACCGCCACUACUCCUACAGAAUCUGUGGUCCAGCCAGGUCUGCUCUACUAUCAGGCCGCCUCGCCCCUCAUGUUCUGGUGAAGAACGUGGCAGUGACGGCUCAGAAUCCCGAAGACCCAGUGAGCGGUUUCGCUGGCAUCCCCCGCAACAUGACAGGUAUGGGAGCCAAGGUCAAAGCCGGUGGGUACAAGACCUUCUACACUGGGAAGUGGGACGCAGGGAUGGCUACUCCGCAGCACACCCCUCGUGGUCGUGGAUUCGACAGCAGUUUCCUUUAUUACCAACAUGCCAACGACUAUUGGAACAAAAAGACUGGGAUUGAGGCAACUGGUGAAAUCACGCCAUGCUUGAAUGCAUUCUACGACCUUGUGACUGAAAACGACACGUACCGUGGACCGUACAAGGAAGCAGACUUGACAGAUGCGUGCAAGGAUAGUGAGGAGCGUACACCAUUCUGCUACGAGGAGAAGAUGUUUGAGGAACGCUCUUUGCAGAUAAUCCGAGAUCACAACGCAUCCGACUUGGAUCACCCACUCUUCCUAUUUCAUGCAUUCCACCUGCUUCACACGCCUUUGCAGAUCCCCAAGUACUACUACAGCAAGAUUUCUGAGAUCGUCUCCCAACAGGGUGGACAGAUCAUUGACUCAGAGAACAGACGGAAGCUGAUGGCAAUGACUAUGUAUCUGGAUGACACGAUCCAGAACCUUACGGAUGCCCUGAAAUCGAAAGGAAUGUGGGACAACACCUUGUUGGUCUUCACCACCGACAAUGGCGGACCAAUUUAUGAGCCAGGUUCCGCCAACAACUAUCCUUUGAGAGGUGGGAAAUACUCUGACUUCGAGGGGGGCGUCAGAACAAACACCUUCAUCUCUGGCGGUUUCGUUCCCGAGUCCAGCCGGGGCCGCAUUCACAACGGCAUCGUCUCGAUCGCAGAUUGGUACACCAUCUUUUCCGAACUUGCUGGUGUUGACGCCAAGGACGACGCCGCUGAAGCGGCCAAUGUUUGGCUAAAGUCCCGUGGCCUCAGCACGCUGGCCCCGGUGGAUGGCAAGAACGGCAUGCUCGACGCUAUUUUCCAAGGUGCUCCAGGUCCUCGUGCGAACGAGUCCUUGUUCAUAUCCGCAAAUGCUUUACUGUCGUAUCCCUACAAGCUCGUGACCGGCAAGCAGCCCUACAUGGUCCACACCGGUCCGUUGUACCCGAACUGCAGCACUGUCGGUCGCUUUGUGUCAGGAGGCGGUCCGGAUUUUGUUGAUUUUGGCGUGCUGGAGUACAAAAUCGAUCUUGGAGACGAGUACUACUGGCGUGGAGAUUGUGGGGACGGAUGUUUGUACAACAUUGAAGAGGACCCAAGUGAAAGCAAUGACUUGUCACAUGAUCCGAAGUACCAGGCGCAACUGAAGCAGAUGAUCGAUGCCCUCGCAGACUUCAACAAGACCUUGUUCUUGCCUGAUCGUGGCGAGACCGAUGUCGAGGCUUGUUACUCCAUCAUGCUGAAGGGUGGUGGGCACUUUGGACCCUUCGUGGACAUAGCGUCAUAUUACUCUGAUCCGCCCAGGUCGUUGGAUAACCUGACCAAGCAUGAGAAGCUGCAGAUGACUGCCAUGGGAAUCACGGAGAUUCCUCCAGUCAAGGAGCUCAUCCAGGAGUAUGUGCCAAAGCUCGCCCUCACGCAGCUCAGGAAAACUUCGGACAAGUGCUGCCCGGAGCCCGAUUCUUGCACCCUAACAACAGAGCCAGACAGUCUGGACGAGACAGGACUUGUUCUUGACGCCAGCCACAAGCUGAGUGCUUUGGACAAGGCACCUAGAAAAGAUCCCAGUGUGUACAUUUAA